AUGUGCUGCAUCUGGGGAGAAAGAUGUAAUGAGGAGGGUGAGCAGGAGAAGGGAGGAGAAGGCAAAAGGAGGAAGAGGAAAAGGGAGGAAGAGUUAUUUCAGGAGGAGAAAGAGGAGGAGGUGAACAUGAAAGAGGAGAGGUGCGAUCUGAACGGAAACAACCUGACCGUCAUCACCAAGGCAGACUUCACUGGUCUCAAACACCUCAGAGUCCUUCAUCUGAUGGAGAACCAGAUCAGUAACAUUGAGAGAGGAGCUUUCGAUGAACUGAAGGAGCUGGAGAGACUUCGCCUCAACAAGAACCACCUGACCCAACUCCCAGAGCUGCUGUUUCAGAAGAACGAAGGCCUGUCUCGACUACCAGACGCACUGAUCUUGGUGCAGACUUUCAUUUUCACAGACACGGAGGAUGAGGAUUUACGUUCAGAAGGUUACAACAUGGUGGUAACAGGCUGCCAGUCUGACCACAGCCAGCAGGCUCUGUCCUGCAAGAUGUCUGCCGAGUACGAUGGCUUCAUGACCUCAGACAAGAGGUGGUUUUGCCAUGUGGACGAUGAUAACUAUGUGAACCCGGAGGCACUCCUCUCCCUGCUAUCGGCCUUUCCCCAGAACAGUGACAUCUACGUGGGAAAACCGAGCCUGGACAAACCCAUCACUGCACAUGAACUGCUGGAGGGCAAUGCAACGAGGGAGGUGCGCUUCUGGUUCGCUACAGGAGGAGCAGGAUUCUGUCUGAGUCGACGGCUGGCGGAGAAGAUGGCGCCAUGGGCGAGCGGCUCAAGGUUCGAGCAGACGUCAGCAACGAUCCGUCUCCCUGACGACUGUACGGUGGGUUUCAUCGUAGAGAAGAGGCUCGGCAUCUCCAUGGUUCACUGUCCUUUAUUUCACUCCCACCUGGAAAACCUGCUGCUCAUCAGCCACAGAAGCAUCCCACACCAGGUGACUCUGAGCUACGGGAUGUUUGAGAACAAGAUGAACAGCAUUGAGGUGAAAGGAAGCUUCUCUAAGGAGGAAGACCCCUCCAGGUUUAAGACUGUCCACUGCAUCCUGUAUCCUUUCACCAGCUGGUGUCCUUGAACUCCUCGUGGAAAACUACAACUUAAAAACACAAAUGAGACAAGACUGGUAAUCCUGCUGGAUGAAGAACUUUUCCUGGAUAUUUUCUGAGGUCAGAGGAAACUGAUGGAUUUAAUUUGAUGGAAUAAUACGAGACGCAGACACCAGAACUGGAAAAUCAAAAAAAAGGUGCUUCGGACAACAGAGGACUCAACAAUAACAGUCUGGGUCCUCGGCACUUGCUUAUAAUAAACCCAGCUAGCAGGGAACCUUCCCACAUCAUUGGCUAACGUUACCUACAAGUUGCAAUAAUGUUUUAAAG